AUGGCAAUGUUUGUCGGAUCAUUUCUUAAUAUUUAUCUUGUAUUCAUGUUUCAUUUUACUACAGUAUCAGAUUCAAGGAGUGUAGGAAAAAUUUACAGGAAAUGUCGAGCUUCUUGGUCGAAAUGGAUGGUCAGUAAGACAAGUCUUCACUGGAAUAUUAGUGAUAUUAAUUUAAAUGUAACGGGACGUAAAUGUGUAUGGACUAGAACCUCGUGUACUCGGAAUCGACAAUGUCCCUGUGAAACAUACUAUUCAAAAGAAUUGCUGGAUGUCCAAUUACCUCGAAAAAGAAGUCAUGUAUGUGUUCAAACAAAGAGCUGUAGUGUUCUCAUUUGUUCAUCAAUUGUUUAUUUCGGAAGUAAUAUAGAUUCAAACAAAUUGGUUAUAAAAACAUACAAAGUUGAAAAUAGAACCGAUGAGAGUCAGAACUUAAUAGGAAUAGUUUAUGUUCCACUUGAUCAUAGUACAUGGAAAUCUUAUGAAGAAGACAACACUCAGGUGAAAGGAGUAAGUGAAGAAGUUAAAAGCGACUCGUAUGUUUAUCUUGAUGUUUUACCAACACCUAUAAGUUCUGUACGAGGUAAAAUUUACUCACCUCUAAGUGAUAAUAAUAAUUAUGACUAUAGAACUGGACACUUGCUUAUUUUCAUAGGAUCCUUAUUAUUUUCGCUUCUGUGUUUAUUAUUUUUUAUCUCUUAUUUUGUUAAAACGUGUUACACAACAAGCUGUACUAACAUUUGGAGUAUGAGGUAUCAUUCCACAAAAACAAACAUUCUUAUUGGUGGAAAUCAAGCGGAAUCUGAUUGAUAUAUUUUUUUGACGUUUUCUCGUCAUUUUAUCCUCAUGGAUUUUUAUCAAGAAGACUUCUAUCCAUUUUUAUUAUGGUGUCUUUUAGUUUGUUUCACGGGAAACUGAUAUAUAACUAACAUUUACAUAGAUUAAUGUCAUAAUGGGAAUAAGUUGGCUCAGUAGUGCAACUACUAAAUGAGUAUUCAAUGAGCUUUGAAUAUUGUUUCAUAUGGAAUAGAUGUAUUAAUCAUGUUAACUAACUCAGACUAACAUCACUACUUUAUGUGGACGUGCAUAUACGAGUACUGGUCAUUUACUUUCGAUGAAAACUUUUGUUAAUUGAUGUUAUUUUGCCAAACGACUUACUAAGAUUACUUGUGUAUGGUACCUAAAAAAUGAUGUACAUUCGGAUGAACACAAAAAUAACAAUUUGGAUUAAAAAAACUCAUUCGUAUACGAAAUAGCAAGUCACACCCUCA